CGCGAACCGUCCAAGUCGCUUUUGCCCCGCUUCCCUCGUCCUACGAUGCGCGUAAACUAUUUUAGAAUCUCCAAUCUUCCUGGCUCGUCCAAAGCACGGAUAUGAUACUAUUCGAGAAAUCGCGUUUUCUCUCGGCUGUAGACUCAAAAGUCACCUGUGCAAUCAAUCAACGCGUAUUUCGAUUCUUCAUACUCCUCCUGUCUAGAUAUUUUGGCCUUCCGUAUUGGAAUCCCGAAUUGUCUCUCGAGAAAACGCGAUACGUCAUAGGAUGCGGUCAAUUAACUUUCCGAAAUAAACACUCGCGAGGUCAACUGGGGCACACUCAAGACUCACGUGUGAUCAGUAUAAUGAUUUAUUAUAAAAAUUGUUACAAAAGCGAUUGUAUGACGAAUAUAUCUACAAGGUAGACUUUAUUUAGUCCAAGACGAUGAAUUGAUCAGUUUGAUUAAUCGAGAAAUAUGUCAUGUAUACAGGAUGCCCCAGAAACUAGCUUGAAGACGACUCGAAGGGUCCAAGCCAGGAGGUCUUCAGGCCCGAUGAAACAUCGGUGUAGACGAGAGCUACUGUACCGAUAGUAGGUCGCAGCGACUUGAUAGACUCGAUCAAGUACUCAAGAUAAGGAUAAAUAGGAGACACUCGUUGUUUCAUCUCAUCGAGUACUGCGGCGGCGGGACGCUUGGGCGAUUUGGAAAGCGGUGUAGGAGCGACCGCGGCUUCCAUUAGCCAGGGAUCAAUCUUCAGUAAUGACGUAUACGACCCGUUGACUUGGCGAGAAAAGCCAGUAACACGAUACUAAACUCACAGUGGCAAGUCGCUGGCAGCUCGCCACUCGCAACCUUGUGCCAGAUUUACUUCAACGUUUACUCAUAACUAUUUAUACACGUCGUACGUUUGUAUUAACUUUUAACGCCGAUUCUCUCGGCGAGUCGGUCAGCUGGUGGUAACAUUGUAUUCUGGUGUCUUGACAAAAAUCGAGAUAUUGGGUGCAAUGUUGCUGUGCGAUGUUCACGUGGGGCCCAUUGCGAUCUCGUGCGAAUCCCGCCUUUUCUUCCUCGACAAUCGCAGUAUCGCGUUGCAACGUGUCGUUCUCGUGUCGCAAUGCAUUUUCCUCAUGACAGUUGACGCCAGGCAUUGUUCCGACGUGGUAUCGCUACAAAGGCGGGCAAAUUAGAGCGUUUCGACACGAGCCGAGAGAGUGGGCUGCGCUUUUGGUUCGGUGCGUCCGCCUGCGCGGAGAUAUCAACGCCCGAUCGAGAGAGAUCUUUCGCGAAAUCGCGUAGAUAGGAAUUGAAAUCUCCGCGAACGCGCGAGCGUUAUGGAUCCCCGCGAUGUGGCACGUCGCAUCGUGUUCAAGCGCGAGUGGGGCAACUGCGAAAAUCGGCUGGACGAGGAAAAGAUGAAUUAUCGACGAAUUUGUGCGAUCAUUAGCUUGACUCGCACGGAAGCGAGCUCGGUUCGACAAAGGUCAUUCGAGCCGCGACACGUCGAUCCACUGUCGGUUACGGAUAAACGGAAGGGAUGUCACGCGAGUCUCAGCCAAUCAAGGUUCACAAUUGGAAUCACAUCGCAGGUAGUUAAAUUAAUUGGGAAUCGAAUGCGCCGUUGCCUCGAAGAGCGUCAGGAUCGCUUGGUUGUUUUCCUUGGCAAUUCGCGGCGAAAACCGCGCGACCAGGGGGAUCCACCUGUGAACGCCAUGUUGCCCGCUGCUACGUCCCUGGUCCCAUUACAAUCGCGGCGGACCCCACGGUCCCACAAGGCGAUUGUAUCGAGCUGCCGGAGAAGCAGAAGGAGAGGGGUCUCCAUGUCGGUUCAGUGAGCUCACGCACGUCGAACACUCAUCAACGC